AUGGUUCUUCUUCUCACUUCUGAUAAUGUGCAGUUCUCCGUCGACAAGGAGGUCGUUGAGCGCAGUGUUCUCAUCAAGAACAUGCUUGAAGACGUUGGAGAGUCCGAUCAAUCUAUACCUUUGGCCAACGUUUCCUCGAGCGUAUUGAAGAAGGUCGUGGAGUACUGCGAACACCACAGGGGCGAGCCUUUGCCUAGCGCAGACGCCGACCAGAACCAGGAUGAGACCCGCAAGCGGACAACCGAUAUCAGCGAGUGGGACCAGAAAUUCAUCACUGUUGACCAAGAGAUGUUGUUCGAGAUCAUCCUCGCUGCAAAUUAUCUCGAUAUCAAGUCGCUGCUCGAUGUCGGGUGCAAAACGGUCGCCAACAUGAUUAAGGGGAAGACCCCUGAAGAAAUCCGUCGUCUGUUCAACAUCGUCAAUGACUUCACUCCAGAAGAGGAGGCGCAAAUUAAAAAAGAGAACGAAUGGGCAGAGGACCGAUGA